GUCAGCUGUUCUCGUACAACCACCCACGUGACUAAAAGUGGUAGCCGAGGGGAGUGUUGCGGUCUCUCAAAAUGUCCGCGCCCGGUGAAGACACGUUUCCCUGCGAAGAUGGAGAGGUUGAGGAUAUGGAAGCGAGUGGCAGCGAUGAGGAUGAAAUGGAUGAAGAACGGGAAGAUGGAGCAGAAGAAGCAAAAGUGUACGUGCCCGGUUUACAGCCGCUACAGCCCGGAGAGGAGCUGGAAAUGGACCGAUCAGCCUACCGCAUGUACCACGAGUGCCAGACAGGAGCUCCUUGCCUAAGUUUUGACGUUUUGCGGGACAGCGAAGGAGAUGGAAGAGAGCAGUUUCCCCUGUCGAUGUUGUUGUGUGCUGGAACACAGGCUGACACGGCGCUCAGCAACAGACUCAUUGUUAUGAGGAUGCACAACCUGCUUGGCACAGAGAAGAAGACCAAACAAGGGGAAGGGGAAGGAAGCAGCGAUGACGAUAGUGAAGAUGAUGAGGAUGAAGAGGACGAGGACAAGAAACCGCAGAUGGAGUUGGCGAUGAUGCCACAUUAUGGGGGGAUCAACAGAGUGAGGGUGACCCAGCGUGGUGAGCAGUCGCUAGCGGCCGUGUGGUCAGAUAAGGGUCAGGUGGAGAUCUUUGACCUUCGACCCCAAUUGGAGGCUGUCCACAGCGCCGCAGCAAUGGCUGCAUUCGUUAAGCGCCAGAAGGAGGCCACGCCCCUCUUCAGUUUCGCUGGUCACAUGUCCGAGGGCUUUGCCAUCGACUGGUCGCCCAAAGUGCCAGGACGGCUGGUCAGUGGCGACUGUAAGAAGAACAUUCAUGUCUGGGAACCGCGGGAGGACGGGACGUCGUGGCAGAUUGACCAGCGGCCGUUCAGCUCUCACACCAAGUCUGUGGAGGACCUGCAGUGGUCACCCACGGAGGCUACGGUUUUCGCCUCUUGCUCUGUGGAUCAAUCUAUCCGUGUCUGGGACACCCGAGCGCCUCCCAAUUCCAUGCUCUCCGCCAAUGAGGCUCAUUCCUCAGAUGUUAAUGUCAUCAGUUGGAACCGCAGUGAACCGUUCUUGGUCUCUGGAGGCGAUGAUGGACACCUGAAAGUUUGGGACCUGAGGCAGUUCCAGAGUGGUAAAGCGGUGGCCACGUUCAAGCAGCACAGCGCCCCCAUUACCUCAGUGGAAUGGAACCCCAGUGACUCCAGCGUUUACGCUGCCUCUGGUGCAGACGACGUGGUCAGCCAAUGGGAUCUCUCCGUGGAGUCAUGUGACGUGGGAGCGCGGGCAGAGGGGGUGAAAGACCUGCCGCCGCAGCUGCUCUUCCUGCACCAGGGUCAGACGGAAGUGAAGGAGAUUCACUGGCACCCACAGAUACCCGGAGCCAUGAUCUCCACGGCUCUGUCGGGUUUCAAUGUGUUCAGGACUAUCUCUGUGUGAGGCUUGUUGUGUGUGUGUGUGUGUGUGUGUGUGUGUGCGUGUGUGUGCGUG